AGAGGGAUAGAGAGAGAGAGAGAGAGAAAUCCACACGAUCCAGAGUCCAGCCAGAGUCUACAGUCGAUGUGUGCGGGUCGCUAGAGUUCAGGAACCACAGCUGAGUUUGCCAAAAUCACCAUGAAGUUGAUCCUUCUUCUAUGUCUUUCAUUUGUGCCAUGGGGCCACGGAUAUGUAUCGAGAGGGAGUGCGCAGAAACCCUUGCCUGCGCAAACUUCUCCACCUACACAAGCGCAGGAUCCUGCGGAAAUGAGCUGCGCACACAUGGAGCAGCUCAGGGAUGCAAACCAGGGACAGAUGUCGACACCUUUGGGUGAUAAGUUUGACACCUUUGACUGGCAAUUGACAAAGGAGCUGCACCAGACGGAGGGAGGCAACAUAGUCAUCUCCCCAGUCAGUCUCAAGGUGGUUCUAGCCAUGUUGUACGAGGGAGCUAAUGGGACGACGGCUCAGGAGAUCGGAGACGCUCUCGACCUGUCUAACAACGCUACAGAACGUAGACACUCCAGGGAACGAUUCUCCGCCAUCUUAAAGUCUUUGCAGACAUCCGAAGGUGAAUACAAAAUCAAGAUGGGAACACACGCUUUCAUCGACCAGAAGGCAGAACUUGAGCCCAACUACCAAUGCAAGCUUAAGACCUAUUACAAUUCAGACAUAGUCAAAGUGGACUUUUCCAACCCAGCGGCCGCUGUCAAAACUAUCAACAACUGGGCCAAGAAUGUCACCGAGGGACGUAUUCAGAGCCUUUUAUCUGAGUCUGACACCCAAACCAACACCAUCAUGCUAUUGUUGAACGCCGUUUACUUCAAGGGCCUGUGGGAAAUCCCUUUCCCUGCAAACCAAACACAGACCAACACCUUCCACUUGGAUGACCAGAAGAGCGUGAAAGUUCCUUUCAUGAACGUUGUGGACAAGUUUGAAUACUACAACAUUCCUGAUCUUAAAGCUCAUAUGCUGAAACUUCCAUACAGGGGGGAAAAGUUUUCCAUGUAUGUACUUCUGCCAUAUGACAAGACUGGGUUGAACAACAUAGCCAAGACUCUAGGACCAGCUCGUUCCCUCAAGGCGGUCAUUGAUAACAUGAUACCCACCCUGGUCAACCUCACCAUGCCCAAGUUUGAGUUUGUCUACACCACAAAGCUGCGAUCAACCCUUGAAAAGCUUGGUAUCAAGACCAUGUUUACAAGCAAAGCCGAGCUUGACGACAUUGCUACUACAAAGAGUGGAGAACUUGUGGUGUCCAAUGUGCUACAGAAGGCCGGCAUUUCUGUGACCGAGGCAGGCACCGUCGCGUACGCCGCUACUGCUGUUGAUCUCGGCAACAAGUUUGGCGGAGCUGAGGAGAUGGUCGAUUUCAAUCUCGACCGACCGUUCCUGUUCUUUAUUGAAGACACUCGUUUGAAGACGACCGUGUUUGUCGGAAAAGUUACCAACCCGGACAACGCCAAAGUAGUGUCAACGCCUCAGGAAACGUCACAGCAAACACCACAACCUGCGGGGAAGCCAUCUGCAGAAAAUCCAACUACAGGGGAACCGACUGGUGAAGCAGACUCAGAUUUGGACCGCCUAGGAAAUGGCCAACCAGGAACUCCAUCUGGUCCCAAUGAACGAACUACAAAAGCAGCAUUCAAUUUUUUUGAUGGCGAUUUAUUACAGGCAGUCAGCAGGGAAGUGACAGGCAACUUUGUGAUUUCCCCUGCAAGCGUCAAGACAUUGAUGGGUUUGAUUUUUGAGGCCUCGGAUGGUGUAACUCUGGAUGAUUUAAAGAUCGCACUCCGGCUGACUCAUAACUCUGAGCAGAACCGCCAGUGGUUGAAGUCACUCUCAGUAGUGCUGCAGAAAAUGAACACAAGCCAAUUGAAAGUAGAUUCUGCAACAAACGUCUACCACUCCAAAGAUCUUACGAUGAACUCAACCUACAUCAGAGCCAUCUCUGAUAUCUACAAGGCAGGAAUCGAGAGUUUGGACUUCAAGUCUCCGGAAGUGGCCGCUAACAAGAUCAACAGCUGGGUCCAUACGCAAACUGAGGGGAAAAUACCAUCAGUGGUAGAUGCAGGAAAGAUUGACCCCGAGACGAUGGCAGUUCUGGUCAACACUGUGUACUUUGACGCCAAGUGGAAGGAGGAGUUUAAGUUGAGCGACACCAACGAAGACUGCUUCUACUCUGAGCCUGACUUGGCUUGCAACAAAGUUCCUAUCAUGUACAAAGCAGAGGAGCUCAAUUACAAAUUUGACAGAGACUUAAACUCCCACGUAGUGCAGAUCCCUUACCAGGACGAAAGAUUCUCAAUGGUCCUCGUAGUUCCGGCUGCUAAAAAUGGGCUGCGCAGGAUUGCCAGAGACGUUAGCAAACUUACAUUCCCAGCACUCAUCAACAAGACUAAAACUACAGAGGUUCACCUCAGACUGCCAAGAUUCACCGCAGAAUUUGGGGCUGAUAUCAAAAUGAUCCUGACUAAGUUGGGACUAGGAACACUGUUCUCUGAACAGGCCAAUAUCCCAUUUAUGAUCAACAACAAGCAGGCCAGAAUAACCGAUGUCGUACAUAAGGCCAAAAUUGAGGUCUCCGAGAAAGGGACAAAAGCUGCAGCAGCAUCUGGUGCUUCAGUAGUCCCACUAAUGUCCGGAAAUGACCCAGCGUUCAUCACGGCCGACCACCCGUUCUACUACUUCAUCUACGAGACAGAGAGUGGAAGCGUAUUGUUCUCCGGCCGCGUUUCAUCUCUGAAAGGGCAGCCCGGAACUGGCGCCAAGGACGAUUACGAGACUGUCAACCUAACUCCUCUAUCAGGGCCAGGCGUUGAAAAUAUGAAACCGAGGCCUAUUUCUGCCCCUCGUCCUGCCGGUACUUCCCGUCCGAACGGACCAGGCGCCAUGUCUUCGCAGAGACCAAACUAUGUAGGAAGUGAGAAUCACCCUUACGACAUAAAAGGUCAAGCAACAUCGCCGACACAACCCUCAUCUCCAUCAGAGUCGUACGGCAACCCUAUUAUGUACCCCACUGCAUCUGAGUACUUGUCUAAAUAUGGACAAGACCACUACCGUGGUCGUAAUCUUGGUUCUCACAAAAGGACCAGCGCCAAUCAUCAGUGAAAAAUACUCAGUUAUAUUUAAUUUGAAAACUGUGAUUAUGCGCUGGCAAAAUGAGACUGCCAUUUUGAAAAGUGAUUAAGCAGCUCAUUUUUAAGAAUGAGUGUUGCAAACUUUAGUGAAUGGAGUUCUAUGAAAUAUGAAUAGCCUGCUAGAUCAGGGCUUACAAAUCAAGUGUUUUGUUGCACAUUUAAUGAUGAUUUAAUGAUAAAAAUAUAGAAGAGUCCAAUGGAGUGAAAUUGUUAAUGUGACAAAAAGUAAUAAUGUAAUAAAAUGUGAUUUUAGAAUAUGAUAAGACUAUACAAAGUAGAGUUUUUAUAACAGGAUUUUAACUUAUUGUCAUACCUUGUAUUUAUGUAUUUAAAAAAAAAAAUAUUGUUAGAGUGCUUGGAUCAGAAAAUAUAUACAAAACUUUUUAAAAUACAGAUUUAAUUUGGUUAUGUUCCUACCAUAUAAGUUUAUUUAAAACAUCCAGUAUCUAGUUGUCUAUUCAUUUGUAUGAUGAUAAUGUAUAAUUUUUAAGGUAUAAUACCUGAUGUUCUGAAAUGUUUAA